AUGGUUAGGAAGCGUUACUCGAGGACACAUUGGCCCAGUGAAGAAAGCCGCAAAUCAAAAAUUCGAGGGCUUUUCGAAACGAGUCUAUCUAUCUAUCUAUCUAUCUAUCUAUCUAUCUAUCUAUCUAAGUAUGUGUUCCACCGACGAUCGCUUUCUUUUUUCUUUUUUUUUUUUUUCACCUCCCUCUUCCAUCGCUUUUUCUUCUCCUCCUUUAUUUUUCUCCUUUUCUCCAUCUCUUUUAACUGCUCAAUUCCCAAUAUUUCUCUGACUUUACCCGACCACCUUAUUUCUUUUCCGUUUUAUAUCUCUUCUCGAAUUUCUCUUUAUUUGAAAAUUUCUCCUCAUUUUUCUCCGCCUAUUGUCCUUUCUCUCCUACUCUUCCUAUUCCUCUACUACUUUCUUUCUUUCUUGUGCCUCUCUCUUUAUCAUUUUCUCCUCCUUUUCCUCAUCUAUCUAUCAGUGUUAUACUUUCUACUCACACCUUCUCCACUCCUUCUGGUCUAUAUGUACUCCCUUUUCUUUAUUUUUCUCUCUUUGUUUAUUGUUUUUUUCUCUCAGUUUGCUCCUCUUUCUUUCUCUUUCAAUUCCUCUUCCUUUUCCUCAUCCAUAUGUCAGCUUUCUUCUUUCUUCUACUGCCACCUUCUACACUCUUUCCGUUUUGUGCAUAUUUCCUUUCUUUCUUUCUUUCUUUCUUUCUUUCUUUUCUCCUCUUAUGUUGUCUUUAAAUUCACCCUCAUUUUUUUCAUCCCUCUGUUAACUUCCUACUUUUCCUUCCCCUACCUUAUCCGCUUUUUCUCUUUUACGUAUGAUUCUUUUUCCUCGAUCUUCUCCCCACCAUCUCUCUCUCUCUCUCUUCAUACCUCUCUCUUCAUAGUUUCUCCCCCUCUUUAUUUUCCUUUCAUCUUUCUUUUAUUCUUAUUCUUUUUUACUUCCCUUGCCAGCUCUCUACACAGUCCCUGCCUUCAACUCCCACUUCCUUUUACUCUCUAUUUUUCUCAGCGUUCAUUACUUCUCCUCUUCCCUAUCCUCCCUACCAAUUCCUUCUCCUGUUCUCUUUUGUUUCUUUUCUGCUACUGUUUCCAGCAGAUUUUGUCUCUUCUUUCCUUUUCUUCGCUUUCGCCUUCCUUUUCACGUUCUUUGCUUUAUUUUCUUUUCUCUUCUUUUUCGUUGUCCUUAUCCCGCUGCCCAUUUAACGUUGUCGUCUUCAUCUUUCAUUUCAAUUUUAUUUUCAUCUUUCCCUCAUUUCUUUUUCUUUCUUUUUUUCUAACGAAUAUCCUCUUUUACUUCUUUCUUACUUCUUUUAUUCUUUUUUUAUCCAUGUUACAAUCACCAUCUUUCUCUCUUUUCGAAUUUACGUUCUUUCUUUUUAACUCCUAUUUCUUUCUUUCUUUUUUCUUUCUUUGUAAAUUUUAUUCAUUCAUUUAUUUAGUAUUUCAUUCAUCGUUUUUCCUCCUACUUUUUUCUUCUUUCAUUGUUUUUCCUGCUUUAUUUCUUUUUCUUUCUUUCUUACAUUCUUUUUUUCAAACUUCUUUCUUUUUUCUUUCUUUCUUUGGACUUCUUAUUCAUUCGCUCGUUCAUUCUUUCGUCUCCCUUCUUUCUUUCUUUCUUUCUUUAUACGUGUUCAUUCAUUCAUUCUUUCAUUGUUUUUCAUUGUUUUUUCUUACAUUUCUUUCUUUUUCCAGAUAUACUUUUUUUCAUACAUUCUUUCUUUCUUACAUUCUUUUCAUUCUUUCCACAUAUCAUUUCUUUCUUUCUUUUUUCUUUUCCAUGUUUACUUCUUUCUUUCUUUCUUUCUUUUUUUCUUUCUUUCUUUCUUUGUCCAUUCCAAUCUUUUUGUUCUUUUCUCAGUUUUUCUUUUAUUUCCCUUCCUUCUUCCUUCCUUUCUUCCCCAUAUUUCUUUCUUUCUUUCUUUCUUUCUUUCUUUCUUUCUUUCUUUCUUUCUUUCUUUCACCUUUAACCAUCCUUCUUAAUAACAACAUUUUCUCCCUACCUUCUUCAUGA